CGUCUGAUAACUUAAUCCUGAUAGUAUUUUUAAAUAAUUUCAUCUGAAUCAUGGUCAUAAAUAUUUAAAAUUUUUAACUUUUAAAGCUUGGACUUAGAUGAUGAUAUUCCGAUGUCCGUGAUUUAAAGUAGUACGCACGUGUCUAACAUUGUCACAUUGUCAGUUCUCGGUUUCAUUCCUCUUAAGCACAUUUCAUUUGGCUCUUGAUGUUGAUAUUUGGAGACAUGAAGUGGUUGAUGAGAAUUCAAAUUUCAAGAUUUCUAAAUAUACAAUUUAGUGAAGAUUCUUAAGAAAAUGAUAUAUUUCCUAUCCACUUUUGAACGGGCAAACACAACAUUUUUAAAUCUUAAGUCGCCAUCAGAUUACUUUUAAUCUCUUUCUAUUAUCUUUUGAUUGAGGUCCACAGUUAAGACAAACUGUUAAAAUGGCACCUCGUGUGACUCUGCUGGAUGCCCAUGUACUUGACGAUCACAUUUCCAAAAUAUUCAUUGGCCAGACCUUAAAGGUUUUCAAGUUCUUACCGUCAUGGAUUUUAAAUAAUUGCGAGUUAGAAAUAAAUGUGAUAUUACAAUUCUUAUUGAAAUAUUAUUCUGUGACAAAAUCAAAAGCAACAUUUGGUCAACAAAUGCUUGGAGUUAGAUUCAAACCAGAUCAGCUAACUGAUACAAAGUUAGCUCUAUUUCAACUGUUUACGGUCGGAGCUGAGUAUAUACAAUCAAAAGUAGAAAGUCCUUCAAAAAAUUAUUUAAACAAUAUAAAUGCCUUACAUUUGAUUGUUGAUUUUUUGAAAGCGGCAUCUUUCUUAAAUUUUCUACUUUUUCUGCAACAAGGCAAGUACCCAACAUUAACUCAAAGGCUUUUAAGUCUUUCGCAAGAGUCAACCCGUAAAAGAAAUAUAGAAUACACUUAUAUGACAAGAGAACUGCUAUGGCAUGGUUUUUCUGAGCUGCUGUUAUUUACAUUGCCUCUGAUCAAUUAUCAGUCUUUAAAACAUAAAGUAUUCAGAUUAAUGCAUUCAAGUUCACAACACAAUGACAAAAAAUGGAUUGAAAAAAUGCCAUUUAUAUGUGCUAGAACAGUGUGUAGUAUUUGUCAAGAAAAACCUGUGUUACCACAUCAUAUAAAAUGUUCUCAUGUGUUUUGUUUCUACUGUAUAAGUUCAAUGAGAAUGGUUGAUGAAAAAUUUGAAUGCCCCGAGUGUUAUCAUUUUGAAAUUAAUAUAAUACCAGUAAUACUCGAUUAAAUUUAUUGGUAGUAUUCAAAGUGCUUGAGAUAUAUCAAUAAAUUAUUGUUAAUAUUUUAUUUUUUGGUUGUAUAAAUUAUAGUUGGUUUGUUAUUUUCGACAUAUUUAAAAUAAUUUUUUAUUGAAACUGUUGAAUAAAUAAUAUAUAUUUUCUUGUUUUUAUGUUGAGGAAAAAUACAUAUGGUGUUUAUAUUA